CGCGGAAAGUCGUGUACGAAAGCAAGCACUAGCGAUCGGUAGGGCUGGGUGUGCGGCGAAUGCAGUAGCUAGUGUUUUUGUCGCUGUCUCUUUCACUGGAUUAUAUUAUAUUUACUGUACCAAGAUGUCGACGAAUGGAGUUAAUGGUCAUAGUAAGGACAGUGUUUCGGAAUUAUCAUGGAAGGUGGGAUUGUUGAAUUGUAACACUAAAUAUCUUACUGCAGAGAGUUUUGGUAAAUUAAAUAUCACCGGUAGCAGUCUGAAGAAAAAACAAGUCUGGACUAUAGAACAUGACAGAGACAACGAUGGAGUGAUUUAUCUCAAAAGUCCCCAAACAGAGGAGAGCUACCUCAGCAGGGACAGAUUCAGGAACGUUACACUCGCGGAGAAAGGGGAGGAGAGCAGAUUUUCUGUUGAGUAUGGCGAUGGCGAAUAUUCGGGUCUUUGGGCAUUUCGAAAUGUCAAGUCCCAGGCCUUCCUUGGUACCAAGGGGGACGAAUUGGUAUGUACCAAAGAAGGCAAACCCACCAAAAUGGAAUACUGGACUGUCCAGUUAUCGAUCCAUCCCCAAGUAAAUAUCCGUCAUGUCAAUCGUAACCGUUAUGCGCAUCUCUGCAAUGACGAACUUCAAUGCACAGAAGUCACUCCCUGGGGUCCCGAGGCUCUCAUCAUAUUGGAAUUCCACAAAGGGAAAUAUGCUCUGAGAACAAGUGACGACCGGUAUGUAAACUCUGAUGGCUCUCUAUCCAGUGAGUGUUCAGAAGGGACAUUGUUCAUGUUAGAAAUCCGUUCUGGAAAGGAAGUUGGUUUGGCGUUCAAGGACUUUCAACAACGUUACAUAACAGCCAUCGGUACUACAGCAACCAUGAAAGGCCGCAAUACGACGGUAGGCAGGGAUGAGCUGUUUGCCAUAGAGGACAGUCACCCUCAAGUUGUGUUCGUGUCCGAGGCUGGCAAGAUGGCAUCUGUCAAACAAGGCGUAGAUAUAUCAGCGAAUCAGACGGAAGAAACGGAAACGGAAACAUUCCAGACAGAAUAUCAACCCGAGCUGUCCAAAUGGGCAGUCCGCACGUGCAAAACCACAUACUGGACAAUGGUCAACCCAGGAUCAGCAAUUCAGGCCAAUAACAGAGAAAUCAAAGACACCUCUUUGUUCGACUUGCAGUGGCAAGAUGAUGGAACCGUUGGAAUUGUAGCUCAAAACGGUAAAUUUGUGACGCACAAGUCCACGGGUGCUAUGGUGGCUAUCGCGGACACCAUGGGCGAGAAGGAGAAGUUCCAUGUUAAAAUUACUAACAGGCCUUACCUCAUUCUCCGGUGUCAACACGGCUUUGUGGGUAUUAAGUCCACAAGCGAGUACGUUUGUAACAAAGCUAACUUCACCAUCAUAGUUCUAGAAGGAAACAACGACGGAACAUACGCUAUGAAAGAUAUGAAUGGUAAAUACUGGAGUAUUUCUGAGGACGGUCAUGUAAGCGCGGAUGGCGACGAACCCACUCAUUUUAAAAUAGAAUUCCACAAACAGACGUCCAUCUACAUCAAGGGACCAAAUGGACGUUAUCUCAAAGGGGAACAGAAUGGCAACUUCCGGGUUAUUGGAGAAGAGUCAGGACCGGAUACAGCAUGGGAAUUCUAAUUCAGACAAUUUCACGGACUGCUUUAAAGUUAGAAAUCACACGAUACUAGUACUAUGAAACUCAGAUAAACAAAUUACGACAGGAUUGUUAUGUUAACAUUCCGAUUAAAUUCCAAAGGACCAAUCAGGAGGUGGUAUACAGAAUAUAUAUGACAAAUUUGACCAAUGCUGACACACGAUUUUCGUGUUGUGGACCAUUCAGGAUGUUGAUAUUAUAUACAGUCCGGUCCUGUAUUUUGCUAGGACAUCCCCGGUACUGUAAACAGGACUUCCUGGUGUAAUGCUGGUUUGGGAUCACGACUUCCGGUUUUGGGCAAAUGUCUCCGUUCAUAAUGCCAAAAGAGAAACAAGAUUAUCCUUAUAUCCGUGUAUAAAAUGCAAAUAUAGGUCACACAAGGUCAUGCCAGACAGGAGGAUUAACCCGCUUUCACAUUAGAAAGGAAGGAUUGGCGAUUCUUAGAGCAUUAAACUAAACGCCCAUGAAUUGUGUACGCGAGACCGAUGGAUUAUAAGAAGGGGCAGUAUGUGUGGAGUGAAUGGAGAACGUGUGUAUGGAGUAGAUGCGGCUUUCUAGUAUAAUAUAUUAUUUGUGAAUAAGACAGAGCUCUUUAUAAUCAAAUACAAACCUUUUGUAAUAAAAAUCGCCGAAAAAUAAAGCUGCAUUGAAUGGAUAUCA